CUUCGUUGGUUUAGUGUGUCUCCUGAUUCCAUUCUGAACACAUGACCGACAAUGAAGAUCAACGAAAUGGACCUGCUUUCUAUCAAUUUGGUUUUGGCAAGUCUAUAUGCAACAGUCUUUAUGUUCGGCCCUAUGCCCUACAAAAUAAUUGGUAUGGAAGCAAACCUGAAACUGCAAAUUGUCAAAGAAGUAGGUUCUUCCGAUAACGUCACCAGUUUCUUGGAGAAUAACACAUCAUUCAAUAUCUCAAGCGGUAAGAAAAAAGAAUACUACACAACCUACCUUUAUGAAGUCAUUGUUUAUGUGGUAUUAGAUGCCGAAGAAACAUGCAGUUUGAAUUUUGGCGACGAUACUGAAGAAGAAGAAAUAGUUUUUCCUGUUGGUUUAGGUUCGAGAUCAAUGAAUCACGAGUAUAUAAAUUCAGGAUCAUAUAAUAUAACUUGUACGUGCACAGAUAUUGUUCGAGCAGUUGACGUGCCUAUUCAAAGUACAGAGGACGAUAUUAGUUUUACUAUUUCAGGCGACAAAUAUUAUGAUGGCUCUUCUGUUGCUCUUAAAGUUAUGAUACGAGCAAAAACCAUUUUCGGGGAGUGGGAUUGUGUCAUAUAUAUUGAUAAGAAGAAUCACGAUCAAAUUUCUAUUAAGAAAAGGAAGAAGAAAUCUAAGGACGAAUUCACUACCGAUGACACUGAGAUCUUUAUUAACGAGCCUGGAUGGCAUGAAAUUGGUUUGGAAUGUACUUUGGAUGAAUUCAUGAUAUACAAAUAUGAAAACGUCUUUAUUCAAGACAAAUGUUUUAACAAAACUAUCUUUACAUUAUAUCCUCGUACAACAAUUCAGAGUCCGUUCGUAAUAUUCAGAAUUGACGAAAAAGUCAAUCUUUCAAAAUCAGAUUUUGUUUUAUGUAAUUCAAAACCACUGACUUACGAAUGGAAGCUUCAGAAAAUGAUUGAAGGUGAAUUAAAAGAUAUAGAGCACGAAAAUGUAACACUUGAUUUAGAAUAUCUGGAUUUUCUCCCUUAUUCUACACACGGUUUGUACAAAAUCGAUUUGGAAGUAAGCAGUGGCGACAGGAAAAUUUCCGAUACUUUAUAUAUCAAAUUCAGCGAAGUACUAAAACCGUUAUCAUUUUUAGGCGGAGAUAUAAGUACGAAAAGUCUAGGAACCCCCUUAUAUGUAUUGCACGAAAUCGCUGAAUAUUAUAUGUGGUGUUAUAGGACUACAAAACAAAUAUUAAAUUUUACUGAAGAUUCGUUACAAGUAAAAAGUGAUGUUAAUUACAACUGCUCCGACUUUACAAACGAUACAUAUUACGAUAUACCAAACGAAAAGCCUGGAAUAUAUCUCGUUAAAGUGAUUGCUGUGUCUGAUUUUGGCUUCAGAAUUAUACAGAAACAUUUACAAGUUGAUAAUUCAACAUUGGAUAUUAAUAUCAGUUGCGUAUUUAAUUGCAACGGUCAGUUGUCAAUAAGAAAUGACUGGUCUCUCGGAGUAUCUAUAUCCCUUGCACCCGGCCAGAAUAUAUCGUUGGCUUCGUUUUUCUGGGAACUUUAUCGAUAUGUACACGGAAGUUAUGAACCAGUAGAAGAUUGGGAAGACUGGACAGCAGGUCUUUUUACGUCGUCCAUCACUCUCAGUUCCGAUCAUGUAGCUCCAGCAACAAAAUACAGAAUUGCGAUUAAAGUUGUUUGGUUGGACAAAGUAGCUUACGCAACUUAUGAUGCUAUGACUGGAAUUCCACCAACAGGCGGAGAAUGUGAAUUGACGCCAUUAACAGGACAAGCUUUAGAUACUUUGUUCCAAGUGAAAUGCAGCCGUUGGUUUGACGAUGGCUCUAGUCUUUUCCAACAGUCUACGUCAAAUGCGACUGUUAAAAAUGCCGAGUUGAAAUACAUGAUUCUCUUCUCAAGUGGAUCUCAUGAAUGGGUCUUGUCAUACAAAAGUGAUGAGAUCUCUGACCACUUGUACUUCGGGAUGGGAGAUGAAGAAAAUGACUACAAAGCAAAAAUUACCGUUAGAAUAUACGAUGUGUAUUUUUCGUUCGCAUCUGUGGUUUUUGAAGUCACUAUGGAAAAACCAAAUAUUGCCAAUGAAGAUCUUCAGGCUAUCCAAGAUUAUUUGCUGAAUUUCUUGGCACCAGAAAAUACUGAUCAAGACAGUCAUUACGUGCAUUUAAGCAAAAUUAAUAGCGUGGCUAGUUUUGUAAUUAGCAUGGUAAGUCAAAUUAUUAUGUCACAACCGUGUGAGGAUGAUCGAUAUGAUAAUAGACAACAAGGUCAAAGGUUACGGAUUCGUAUUCUGUUACUAGCCCAGCGUUGUAUUGGCAGCCAGGGCACUUAG